UGCUUCAUCCCUGGAUGUCUUGUGAUAGACCCCUGUGUGGCAGCCCCUUCUGUGCAGACUUGGAGCUGAUGUGCAUGGACAGACGCAGCCUCCGACGUCACCAGGUGUUCUGUUGGAAUAUCCGUCGCACAUUUAUGGCGAUUCUGAGAGUGAGGGCAGACUUCUGCCAGGCCCAGCACAGCACCCUGGCUGACAAGUGAGCUGGGUGCAGGGGGUUUACGUGCCAUAAUCACUUUGCCUUGAAGACUCCAGACACAACGAACACUCUCAAAUAUAUGGGAUAUCUUUUGCAUAUUGGAAGCAUAUUCCUUUUACUGACUCUAGCAAAACUAAGCAACAAGAAAACAAAGUGGAGAGAAAACCUGCCCUUAUUUUUUUGCCUCACCAGUGCCUAAAUGUAGAACAGGCUGCCUAGUCUUGCAUGUAGUCAGAAGUUUUGGAGUCUGAAGGAUACCACCUGCAGUAAUCGAGGCCUAACUUGAAGGCAAGCGGAUUUUAAAGCAAAGUUGCUUUUCUAGAAGCGAAGUCUUUAAUGAACAAACACGGCAAAGCAAGCUCUGAGCGAUCCCAGGCAUUCUAGUGGUCUUUUAAAUGUUUUCUGCUGUGAAACGUUUCAGAAGUUACUGAUUUUUUUUUCUUUUUUUUUUUUUGUUUUUUUUUGGCCCCUUACACAUUUUUUUUGCCAUUAUGAACCGUCCAGCCCCAGUGGAAAUUACCUAUGAGAAUAUGCGUUUCCUGAUCACUCACAACCCAACCAAUGCAACCCUCAACAAGUUCACAGAGGAGCUGAAGAAGUACGGAGUGACAACCUUGGUGCGAGUUUGUGAUGCCACUUAUGAUCAAGCUCCUAUUGAAAAAGAAGGAAUCCAGGUUCUAGACUGGCCGUUUGAUGAUGGAGCACCACCCCCGAAUCAGAUAGUUGAUGACUGGCUAAACCUGUUGAAAAGCAAAUUUCGUGAAGAGCCGGGAUGCUGUAUCGCUGUGCACUGCGUGGCAGGGUUGGGAAGGGCUCCUGUCCUGGUUGCACUUGCUCUCAUUGAAUGUGGAAUGAAGUACGAAGAUGCAGUUCAGUUUAUAAGACAGAAAAGGAGGGGAGCUUUCAAUUCCAAACAGCUGCUUUACCUUGAGAAAUACCGACCUAAGAUGCGAUUACGCUUCAAAGAUGCCAACGGUCACUGCUGUGUUCAAUAGAAAGAAAUGCUAAACAAAGGCAGAAGUUUUAUCAUGGCUGUUUUCUGGACUCUUGGCACCUGGAAAUGUGAAUCUGGAAUCAAACUGCGUCAUCAAAUGAGUGGUGGAGUCAGUGCUCCUCAACCUCUGUCCUAAUGGUGGUGAUGAUUUAAAAAAAUAAAAAAAAUAAAAAAAAAAAAAGAGAAACAUUUCAGUGAAGGAUUAUUUUCUCCUCAGGCUGCAGUUUGAACAUCUGCAAGGAGAAAAUCACUUUCAGAACCUUCUGUAUUUUUAACCUUAAAAAAAAAAAAGAAAUAAAGUAAAUUUUAUGUCUAAGGAAAACCAGCAGAGCAUUGGCUUGUGCAGAAGCUAUUUUCUUGAUUUGAGGAAAGUACCCCACAGUUAGGUCCUGAUACAUUAAUUCCCACGGGAUUCUCUUAAAUGGAUUUUAUUUUUUCCCUUCCUUUCUUUCUUUCCUUCCUUGCUGAGAGCUGGCAGACGGAAACGAGGAGAUUUGUUGCUGUGCGGGAGCAGUUUGGCCGCCAACCUGAGCACUGUCCUAGUGCCUCAGCGAUGCUCGUGCCGUGUGUCCACAUGCUGUCCACGCUCUACAGGUGCGAGGGAUCUUCCUUGGCGGGGUUUAGCAGAAGCCUCACUACCCAGUGGCUCUGGAUCUGCUAAAGGCCUUUUCUUGAGGUUUGGGAGAUGGUAUUUUAAGCUGUGUGUGUGUUUAUAUGGAUGAAUGUGUGUGCCUGUGGUUCUGCGUGCGUCUAAGGCGUAUUUCUCCAAAGAAUUUGGCUGAAAUGUUGCUUGUCUUUCUGUUGUUAGAUAGAAAAUCUACUCUGGCAGAAGACUGGUGUUCAAAGUGUCAUAGGUGAGCAAGGCGGGGGGUCAGGCAAACACUUAAAAUAACUUAUCUGUCAUAAGGAAAGGAAAAAAGGCUUUUUGCUACUGUCUAGAUUCUCUGCCUUACUGAACACAGUAAAUCAGGGCUUGGAGGGAGGAUCUCCUUUGUACCGUGUCUGAGGCUAAGCUAAUGCCACACAAACGUGCUCCACGAGUAUAGAUUCCCGACAGGAGCCUCUCCCCAGCCCGGCCUCCAUUUACAGCUCAGUUUAACCACUGGUUGCCUUGUUUUUUAGCGGCCUCCUCCGAAGGGCGGAUCUCUGCUUGCACACCAGCAGGCCUGUGUGCAUUAGCAGGCAGUGGCUCUGGGGGAGGAAAAAUCCAUGCUGCUUUCUGAGCACUGGGGCUAAACAUGCAGUUUAUGGGCCAGCACCGCGUGCUUUUUGCAGAGCCACCGAUGUCCUCGCUGGGUUUGUUGCAACAAGUCCUUUUCCAGCCUCCAAGAAGCAGUUGGAGCCAGGCUACUGAACCAAAUACAGGUGAACUUAGUGCUCUGCCCCGUUAGCGACCUCACACGCUUGCCGUUUGACGCUAUGUCUGUAAUACCAGCACUGAGUCCAGGGUUAAGGUCUUGCUGUCCUCUGAUCUUCUGUGGAGCCAAAGGCUUUUAUUCUGCACCGGCAGCGGGUGCAGCCUGGUACCCCUCUCACCAAUACCUCACAAGCUGGAGAUGUGAGCUGCCCACGGGGGAUUUCUGCCUCUCCCAGAGCUGUAUUUGCAGUUUGUAACCGCACAAACACUUUCCGAAAACAAGGAAUGGCCUUUUGUGAUUUUAUUCCUAGAAGGGAUUUAUAAUUUUUAGCAAGAAGAUAAUGGUACUUGUCAAGCUCCUCGCUUUACAGGUGCACCAACAGGCCUGCGUGUGGGUUCGUGGCUGGAAAACACUGCACCUUGCAAAGCUCCCUCUUGUUCCCCGACUCAAUUU